CAAGAACAGUUCAGAACUUUAAAAGCCUCGGCCAUUCACGAAUUUUCAUUCUCUUUAUUUUUAUGGCCAUAUUUCCGCAACGUUUUAAAAACUCUUAUCUCAAAUUUGACACCAAGUACCUGAAUGCAACAAAGCACUUUUACUAAUAUUUAUUGGACGAAAAAACACAUCAAGACAAAGCUUAUCUCUGCGUUCGUCCCUGAACGAUUUCAUCAUCAAGUAUCUUUUUAUCCUGGUUUUCAACUUAGGAUUAUUUCAGACUCCACUAAUAUUUUUCAGGUUGGUUGUUUCAUCGGUAAUUUCAUGUCUUAGGGUUUGGGUUAUUUUUUAUAUUUCAUUUGUUUUUUAUUUAUUUUUUUUUUCACUUCUAAAAUUUCGUGCAUGUAAAACGGACUUCUAACGUGUAUUGAUUUGCUCCUUCUCUUUUGUCCAUUGCGAAAUCUACAUCCAGUUGGGAAGACUUAGGCAAACUUUAAUUUUCUCAAACGUUUACAUUUAUUAUACCAUUUUUACUUUGAUAUACUGCCCUGCAGGAUCAUGAUUUCAUUAGCAUUGCCUUUGUUUUAUCUUACUAAGCUGUUGUUAAUAGUUUUGACAAUGAAAUAUGAGACAAAUUUAUCUCUUGUUUCGGUUGCCUUAGUUUUUCCUCCGUCUUUUCAAAUUAAUUCUACCGGCCUUGUGCUUCGUGGGAGACACACUGUUCACUGCACCUGCGGCAUACCAUGUAAACUCAGUUCAUUCGACGGCCAAAGUAACCUUGUUUAUGAUUUCAGUGGUUCAUUAGGCACUUGCCUCUCGUUGAACGUUGAGGAAAGAAAAAUUUAAAGAAGUAACCGCCUGACAGUAUUUCUACCAUGAGGAGAUCGAACUAGUUCGUAGACCUUCCCUCAAACUAACUCUUUGGAAAAAUUCAGAUUGAAGGUUUUCAUUUCAUUUUAUUGAGAUAAAUUUUCCCAGAAACGACGCAUGAAGUUUGGUCGACUAUCUUUUGCGUAUCCACUAAAACUUUGAUUUUAUUUAUCUGCAGAAGAAACAGAAUAGCGAUGUUAUCAAUGUUGUCAGCUUGUAUCCUAUUGGUUACUUCCAUAACCAUGUUCUCCAUGACGUCAGCAGCUACCAUUGCUUCCUCUUCUGGUAAUGCUAAUUCUUGUCAUGAAAUAGCUAGCAAUUUGAUAAAGAUGAAUAAGGAUUUAAUCCAAGCCGUAUUCUAUGCAAAAUUGUUUUAACCUACGUGUCAGUUCUUCAUAUCAACUUUCAUCUUGCUAUUGAACAAGAUGCAAAAACCAUAAAUAUCACUAAGAGAAAAAAAUGAGACCACUAUUUUCUUUGAUAUCACAUAUUCCGUAGAGGCCUUUCAGUGAAAGUGUAAAUCUUUAUGUCCUUUGAGACCUAUACCAGAGGCUUUCAUAGUCUACAUUUUUCAAUAGUGACCGCAAGAGUUUACCAUUUGAAGAAACCUUUUAUAGCAGAACUAUCAAGUAAGGUGAAGGUUUAGAAAUUUCGCCGCCGUGCAAUGUAUUUUUUAUAGCAUUCAUAAUAAAAACUAAGUUGCAAGGAAAAUCUACUGUGUUGACUUCCCCCCUCAGAUACUUGUCUCUGAAUUUGAAGUAGAAUUUAACCGUUUUUGAAGCUAUUUCUUACACCAAGCUUCACAAAUGAUAGGUGUAAACUAUUUAUAUCUUGAAUAAAGGGGGGGGGGUAAGUUUCUAAAGAAACCGUGGUGCUGCGUCGGUGGGAAAGUAUAACAAGGUAAUUUAGUGUUAUCAACUGAGUUGAUAACGUACAUUUGCUACCUUAAAGAGUUUAAAGGCUGACGUUUCGAGCGUUAGCCCUUCGUCAGAGCGAUUGAAAAAGGACUAACGCUCGAAACGUCAGCCUUUAAACUCUUUACGGUGGCCAAUUUACGUUAUAACUCAGUUAAUAACACUAAAUUACCCUGCUUAUAUUUUGGGUGAGAGAAGUUCAACCUAAUUUAGUUUCUUACCACUUUAUUUCUGUAGGUUUCUGCAUGCAUGGAGCCAAACCAGUAUACCCUGGAGAGUCAGUAGCCCUUCAGGAUUGUCAAUACAAAUGCAAAUGUGUGGUCAAUGAAGGUUAUUCAUUCUUCAUGUGUGAACCUCUUUGCGAGAGGUACUACGACCAGAUCACGUGUUCUGAUGGACAGGAAGCUGUCAUGGAACUUGAGGAGACAUCAGUUCCUGAAUGCAAAUGCCCUAAAUACGAAUGUCCACCGGAGAGAUUUUCUGUGUCUCACUUUAUAGAGUAAGUUCUACACUCAGUCGGUAUGUUAGAGCAAUUUUCAAUAUUAAUGUCGAAAGCAAUCUGGGAUUGUUUUGUUUUCGUUUUACUUCGCUAUGUGAUUGGUCCAGAAAACUCGUGCCAUUUUCUCAACACAUCAGUUUAAAAAGCUAAGCCAAUCACGACUUGAUUGUCCGCUUUUUCCCACGCUUUAGGUUAUUUAGCGCGUUUUGCUUUGAGUUCUAAUGGGCUUUUUAAAGGUUAUUUCCAUUCCUAUGGUUGGCUGUUGAAAUAACAUCGGUUGUGAUUUUACGACACCCAAUCGAAAAACACUCCAUUUGUUUGAUGUUUGACUCUGUUAGAUUCAUUAAAUCUGCAUCCUAUGUGCGUCCACUUAAAGUGUGCCUUGUUUUAAAGAGAAACAUAUUUCUGGCUUUCUUUAUUUCAGUUACGGAAUUGACGGGGAUGGGUUUUUUGAACCAGAAUUCUAUGAGGAAGGUGAAAGUCCUUAUUAUGAAUGAACAGGUGUCAAUUCUUCAAAUAGCAUCACUAAUCCAGCAUUUAAGGUGAGCGAGAAAAAUAAAUUCCUACAAGUACAACUAAUUGGUUUCUAAUAAAAUAGUUUUCAACUGAGUGUCAAAAGUUAUCCAGGACUGCAUUGGUUUUUCAUUACUUUACUCUGUAAUUGGCCCAGAAAACUCGCGCCACUCCCUCGACCAAUCAGAUGCAAAGCUUAAACCAAGCAUGAAGUAGCCGCACUCAUUUUCCCGCGCCUUAGGCAGUUUGUUACGACAGUAAAGACUAGUGAGUUGAGUUAAUAUUUUUUCUUAUUUUUUGCAGUUCUUCCGAGUGCGUAGAUAUCUGUACAUUACCUUUGGGACAGUUAAAAUGGACAUUGCCCAGCCAAUCAAAUAAACAUAAAGCUCAAUGUCAUGUCUUAAACAAAGCCGUCCUGAUUGGUGGCUUUUUCAAUUAAUUUCCCUUUGUUGUCAAUGUUGUUGUUCGUGAUAUUUUAAAAUACUAUAAAUAGAGAAUAAAGUCUAAUCUCUGCCGUGGACCGC